CCACCACCCGCCACACCACCACAACCACAACCACACACACACACGUCGCCAUGGCUCUCAAGCGCAUCAACAAGGAACUCACCGACCUCGGCCGUGACCCUCCCUCUUCCUGCUCAGCUGGCCCGAUUGGAGAUGAUCUGUUCCACUGGCAAGCGACCAUCAUGGGUCCCAGCGACUCUCCAUAUUCCGGCGGUGUCUUCUUCCUCGCGAUCCACUUCCCUACCGACUACCCCUUCAAGCCCCCGAAGGUCAACUUCACCACCCGCAUCUACCACCCCAAUAUCAACUCCAACGGCAGCAUUUGCUUGGACAUUCUGCGAGACCAGUGGAGCCCGGCUCUGACCAUCUCAAAGGUGCUAUUGAGCAUUUGCUCGAUGCUAACAGACCCGAACCCCGACGACCCGCUCGUCCCCGAGAUCGCACAUGUCUACAAGACCGACCGAUCCAGGUACGAAUCGACGGCUCGCGAGUGGACCCGGAAGUAUGCCAUCUAGGGGUAGUCUAGUUUGGUGGCGGUAGUUUCUUUACGGCUCAUGACGGCAUCCCAUGACCGUCGCAUGAUGAAUAUCAAGAACACACUUCUUAUGGCAUGGCGGGUUGAUGGAG